GCCCUGUUCAAUCGUUGAGCGUGUAACGCGUUCAAAUAGUACCCCACUAGCGCUCAGUUUCGGUUCUCAGAUUGCCCUGCUCUUACGCUUGCGUCAUUGCUAAUUGUUGUGAACUGCUUUCAUUAAUAGACAUUUCUUUGAACGUUCCCCCAGUACACAACGUAGCACCACAUAUUAGCAUUUCAUUAAAGGAUUUACUCCGACAAUUCCAGCAGUUUAGUAGAGUUGCACACUGCAAGCCACAGGAUGGAAGAAACUGAACAUGUUGCCCGGCGGCUUGACCGCAUGCUAAAAAAUAAAAAAAUAGAUGAUGAGUCUGCGCUGAAAUACCUUAGGAGAUUGCGAAGCAUCGAGAUGACCCUGGAAAUAUUAACGAAAACCGGUGUAGGUAUAAUUAUCAACAAGAUAAGAAAGGAGUCAGAAGAUCCGGAGGUUGCUACAUUGGGGAAAAACAUGAUAAAGCAGUGGAAAAAGCUGGUCCCAGACAAAAGUGAAGCUCCUGCAUCUUGCACCAAUACUGUUGGCAAUAACAAUAAUGACAAUGGCAACAACAAUGACAACAAAUAUUCACCUGAGUCAAAUAACUACAAUGUCUGUGACGAUGGAGGACCACAAGAAGCCAAACGGUCUCGGCCAAGUGAAAAGAAGGAAUCUACAGAACUAUCGGGGAAUGCAAGUCGUGGUUUUUUUCCUGUCCACACUUUGACUACAACAGAUCAAGUACGUUUAAAAGCCCGGGAGAUGCUUCAAUCAGCACUAGAAAGUGGCAAUAUUCCUAGCGGUGCUUAUGAAAGUGAGUUCCUAGCAAUACGAAUAGAAAGCUCCAUAUAUGAUCUUUUCAACAAUACUGAUCCCAAGUACAAACAACGAGUACGUACUAGAGUUAUGAAUCUACGUGAUUCUAAUAAUCCCAAUUUGCGACUUAAUGUCCUAAUGGGACACGUGAGUCCGGACAAACUAGCAUCUAUGACAUCAGAAGAGAUGGCUAGUAAAGAAAUGAAAGAACUUCGUGAGAAAUAUACUAAGGAAACUAUAGAAGAUCAUCAAAUGGCUGUAACUGGUGGAACGGAAACUGAUUUAUUACGAUGUGGAAAGUGCAAGCAAACCAAGUGUACAUAUAACCAGGUCCAAACUCGUAGUGCAGAUGAACCAAUGACCACUUUUGUCUAUUGUAACAAUUGCGGCCACCGUUGGAAAGUAAGUUCCACUUAAUUGCUUUAUUAUAAUUUUACAUGUCUGAACCUUACUUUAGGGGGCUUAUUCAUAUUAGUCGCAAUAAAUCUCCCUAGUUAUAUCGUGCGCUCUCAAUGAAUACUCCUUUACUUGAAGCAAUUCUAAUAUACUUUUGUUGCUUAGUCAAAGCUUUUCCAAAUGAAGAUCUACUAAAUGAAAGCUUGACUUGUAACAAGGCUCGAACUAUACAUUUUCACAACUGGGGUGAUGUAAUAGCGUUCUCCAUCAUACUUAUUUUAAAGCUGUUUAGCGUAAACUGUAACUAGUGUUGUUAUUGGAUUGUGGCGCUGCUACAUGGCCAGAAAUAGUCCUGCACUGUUGAUUGUAAACUGAAUUAACAAAUUGGCCUAAUUUUCUAUAGUGGUUACGGUCUAUUUCACACUUACCAGCUCAUUAGCAUGUAGGUAGCUUGUUGGAGAUUCAAUCGGUUACUGUUGACAUUGAUUCCAAAUCUUUUCGCAAACCCAUGCCAAAAUAUAAUUUCCGUAAUAAGCUUAAAAUCUAUGGUAGGACUACUUCUAUGUUCUUAAAUGCCAUUCGCUAAAAAAACAUUUUUAGCGGGUUCUUCCCGAGUCCCAACUUGUGCUUGUUUCCUAUUCUUAUCAAUUUUGAACGUUGAAUGUAUCAGAUGUAAAAAAGUAGUUUCUCAUUGGAGACAAUUCAAUAUAGUUGACAGGAACUAGUUUCGUGAUGUAAUGAAGUUGAAAGUAAAAGUGGAUGACAAUGUGAAUAUCAUAUAAUACCACAAAAAGUAAAGCAAUUGAAUAACUUAUUUUUUGCAUAGUAAGAUUGAGUUGCAUUAACUCCUCAGUCUGUUUUUGUAUAUUAUGUCGUGAUUUAAAAAAAAUAGCUAUGUUACUGUUCAGGUUCCUGGAUCCAAGCAGUUGUUUUUCCGAGGGGGCUGACUAUCUUCAAGCUUGUUGUCUAAAAGCUCAAUCCAUAAAGCAAUUAAACAACGUUGGGGAAUGCAUUUCCAUAGUAUCCGAUGACUAGGUGAACGUAAAUUAUUACUCUAUUUCCAAUCAAAAGUCAAAAUGAUGCUUAUAUGUUCACCAGUAAUAAGGAGUUUAACGCAAAACAGAAAUCUGUUGUCAUUAAGUUGGUGUUCAUUAGCAUGCACACUCAUGAGCUGAUUUAUUUACAACCCGACAUUAAUUGAUCAUCUAAUCAUUUUUUCAACAUUUGAAAAUUUGUUUUUCUAACAGUUUUGCUGACAGCUCGGAAAAGUCAUUGUCCAACCACACUUAUCCACUAGUUUUCUGCUGCGAUACUUAAUUAAAUUGUUUCAAUGUGAACACUAAUACUAAAGAAGAAACUAGAGAAGAAAUAUCCAUCUUCGUUUUUGACUUUGUUCAUUCUCGGAAAUCUGUUCUUUAGGAAGAAAUAGAUUGUCAUAUUUGGACAAAAAAGAUGAAUUAUAUCCCAUUAUUUUUUUUUCUUGCGACUUGUUGUCUUACAUUGUCUGUCCAAAUAUAUCUGACACUUGUGUGUAAAUAUUUUGCAUGUAUAUCUUGGUGUUUGCAAAUCGCUCUACAUGAAAAUGUCAGUUUUAUUACCUAAACUCUUUAUAAUAUACUUUGGUAAAAAUAUAUAGGGAAACAGUUUUCUGCUGAGAUUGUCGACCUGUAAAGUUGCUACUAUACUCCUAAUGUAUAUUUUACCGCUUUUUAAUAAUUGUUAUUCUAUUUUUAAGUCCUCAUUGUAUUAAAAAAACCCAUAAUUUAUUCAUAAACAUUGUUUCUGUAAUUUUGCUUUAAGACUGUUCAUCAUUAAAGUAAUCUUCAUUAAUUCGUCUACAAUAUUGCCCUUCCUAUAGCAGCUUUAAAUUGUACACAAAUAAAAUAGUUUUACUUGUUUUAAUCCGUAUUUCAGAGUGAUAUGGUAAGUUAUGGCUAACCAAAGCUUUGC